CAACAUAUCUCUAUAUAUCCAUAUUACUAUUCUCCAGCCUUUCUUCACAAGGAGUACUAUCUGUAUUAUCCUCACUUUCCUCCAUUGAUUCAUAGCAGGUUUUUGCUCAUUAAUUUACAUCCUUCAUAUGUUACUUACAGAAAAAAGAAUUAUUGCUUUUACUUAAAUCUCUGAUUCCUACAUUGUCAAUUAAUCCUUGAUUUCUUACACAUCAUCUUUACAGUAGUGAACUUUAUUUUUCUCCAUCUCCCUGAGGCAUCAUUGAUUAUAGUGAUUUGCUUCCUUUACGCCCCUCUUGUGCUUUCCAAACCAAUGGCUACAAUUCUCCCACCAAAGUUGGUGUGCAUUGAGACUAUACUUCAUGUGCCAGAAAUCCUAAGCCUACCCAACAAGAGAUGGCACUCUGCUUUUGUGACCAUCUAUUGCUCUAGAACCCUACUAUCUUUUUUCAAAGAUUCUCUGUCCCAAAAGAAAAAUAUUACUGAGAUUUCAUGUUGUCCAUCUUCCACCAUUGUGGAUCUCACACCAAGCAAUAGCUUCAAAAUUGUGAAAGAAAAAAAUGUUGGCAGCCUUCAUUCUCUUCCAGAGAUGAAAAAUGCUGGCGUUUCAUGCUCUCCAUCUUUCAUCAUCAUAAAUCUCAAACGUCUCACUCAACUUGUGGAAGAGAAAAAUGCCGAGCUUUCUCAUUGUCCAUCUUCCACCAUUGUGGAUCUCAAACCUGACAAAAGGUUCAAAAUUGAUCAAACCAGUCUCAUUCAACUUGUGAAAGACAAAAAUGUUGAGAGGCUACGAAAAAUUGGAGGAGUUGAUGGAGUAGCAUCCAGUCUUGAAGCCACUGUUGAAUUCGGCAUUCAAGGAGAUGCUGAAGAUAUUGCUCUCCGACAUGAGGCUUUUGGCUCCAACACAUAUAAAAGACCGCCUACAAAGAGCUUCUUCCAUUUUGUAGUGGAAGCCUUCAAGGAUCUUACCAUUUUCAUCCUUUUAGGCUGUGCCACACUUUCUCUUGCUUUCGGCAUUAAAGAGCAUGGAAUCAAAGAAGGUUGGUAUGAUGGCGGAAGCAUAUUUGUUGCUAUACUUCUUGUCAUUGCUGUUUCUUCCAUUAGCAACUUUAGGCAAAACAGACAAUUUGAAAAGUUAUCGAAAGUUAGCAACAAUAUCCAAGUUGAUGUUGUCAGAGCUGGGAGGCGUCAACAUAUUUCAGUAUUUGAAAUUGUGGUUGGAGAUGUCGUUUGCUUAAAGAUCGGAGAUCAAGUUCCAGCCGACGGGCUAUUCUUUGACGGCCACUCAUUGCAAGUGGAUGAAUCCAGCAUGACAGGGGAGAGUGACCAUGUAGAAGUAAAUUGCAGUCAGCCAUUUUUGGUUUCGGGUACUAAGGUGGCUGAUGGCUAUGCUCGGAUGCUUGUGACUUCAGUUGGCAUGAACACAACGUGGGGCGAGAUGAUGAGCUCCAUCAGCCGUGACACAAACGAAGAGACACCUUUACAAGCUCGCCUCAACAAGUUAACCUCAUCAAUAGGUAAAGCUGGUUUGCUAGUCGCUUUCCUAGUUCUCGUAGUCUUGUUGGUUCGCUACUUCACAGGAAAUACGGAAGAUGAUAAUGGAAAUAAAGAAUUCAAUGGCAGCAAGACCAAGGUUGAUGACAUAGUGAACGCUGUGGUGGGGAUUGUUGCUGCUGCAGUUACUAUAGUUGUGGUUGCAAUUCCAGAAGGUUUGCCAUUGGCCGUCACCCUCACACUUGCUUAUUCCAUGAAGAGAAUGAUGGUUGAUCAGGCAAUGGUGCGAAAGCUCUCUGCCUGUGAGACCAUGGGCUCUGCCACCACCAUUUGUACUGAUAAAACAGGCACUCUCACGCUCAACCAAAUGAAGGUGACUAAUUUUUGGUUGGGGAAAGAAACUUUUGCAGCAGGUUCUUACUCAUCAAUUGCUCCAUACGUUCUUGAAUUGGUCCAGGAAGGAGUUGCUCUGAACACAACCGGUAGUGUUUACAAGCCUAAUUCAGGAUCUGAAAUCGAGUUCUCAGGUAGCCCCACUGAAAAAGCAAUUCUUUCAUGGGCUGUUCUGGACCUAAACAUGGAAAUGGAGCAACUGAUGCAAAGUUGUAUGAUUCUUUUCGUUGAAGCAUUUAAUUCCCAGAAGAAACGAAGCGGAGUCCUUAUGAGGAGAAAGGUAGACAACACAAUCCAUGUACACUGGAAAGGUGCUGCAGAGAUGAUACUGAAGAUGUGUUCAAGUUACUAUGAUGCUUCUGGAAUUGUAAAAGAUCUGGAUGACGCUGAAAAGAUGAAAUUUGAGCAAAUUAUUCAAGGUAUGGCAGCUAGCAGCCUCCGGUGCAUUGCAUUUGCGCAUAAACAGGUUUCAGAAGAAGAUCAAGAAAAUAAAAAGCUAAAAGAAGAUGGUUUGACCCUAUUAGGACUUGUGGGGCUUAAGGACCCAUGUCGUCCAGGGGUGAAGAAAGCUGUGGAAGAUUGCCAAUAUGCCGGUGUGAACAUUAAAAUGAUCACGGGAGACAAUGUUUUCACUGCAAAAGCUAUAGCCACCGAGUGUGGGAUACUCAGGCCUGGUCAAGACAUGGUCAGUGGAGCAGUAGUAGAAGGCGUGGAAUUCAGAAACUACACGCCAGAGGAGAGAUUGGAGAAAGUUGAUGAAAUUUGUGUGAUGGCAAGGUCCUCUCCCUUUGACAAACUUUUGAUGGUAGAAUGCUUGAAACAAAAAGGUCAUGUGGUUGCAGUUACUGGCGACGGCACAAAUGAUGCACCAGCACUUAAAGAAGCUGAUAUAGGACUUUCGAUGGGGAUUCAAGGCACCGAGGUGGCCAAGGAAAGCUCAGACAUUGUCAUUUUGGAUGAUAAUUUUGCUUCCGUGGCCACAGUUCUGAAGUGGGGAAGAUGUGUCUAUAACAACAUCCAGAAGUUCAUCCAAUUUCAACUUACUGUAAAUGUCGCUGCUUUGGUGAUCAACUUUGUGGCAGCAGUUUCAACUGGUAAAGUCCCGCUAACAGCAGUGCAGUUAUUGUGGGUGAACUUGAUCAUGGAUACAUUGGGUGCUCUGGCUCUUGCGACAGAGCAACCCACUAAGGAGCUGAUGGAUAAACCACCUGUGGGUCGGACAGAGCCACUCAUCACCAACAUUAUGUGGAGAAACCUCUUAGCCCAAGCUUCAUAUCAAAUAGUCAUCCUCUUGACCCUGCAGUUCAAAGGUGAAUCAAUCUUUGGUGUGACUAAGAAGGUAAAUGAGACCUUAAUCUUUAAUACUUUUGUUCUUUGCCAAGUCUUCAAUGAAUUCAAUGCAAGGAAGCUCGAGAAGAAGAACGUCUUCAAGGGGAUACACAAGAAUAGAUUGUUUUUGGGGAUCAUUGUGAUAACCAUUGUUCUUCAGGUGAUCAUGGUAGAGUUUUUGAAGAAGUUUGCAGAUACAGAAAGGUUGAAUUGGGUGCAAUGGGGUGCAUGCAUUGGAAUCGCAGCACUAUCUUGGCCAAUCGGUUGGAUUGUCAAGUGGAUACCUGUUCCACAGAAACCAUUUCUUAAUUAGCUACCUAAUGUGAUAUCCCAGUCCAUAAUAAGAGUAUUUAAGAAAGGACCUAAAUAAGUAGAUUAUAUGUUCUAUUUGAAAGUGGUUUAUGAAAAUAAUAAUUAUUAUUAUUUUUUUGAACUAAUA